AUGUCAUGUGACAGGCUCGAGCUGAGCGACUCGAACGGAUUGAAGAAAGCCGGUCUGGUCCGUUGUAAGAGCGACCCACGAAAAGAAAUAACGGGAACCCUGGGGGUUAAGAAGAGGAAGGGCCAGGCCAAUCAGAUUGGUCUGGCCCGCAACUACAGUGUGAAGGGUGUAACUAGGGAUUCGACGCUCGUUCUCGCUGGUUAUCCGUACCACGGCCAGCGAGUCCGCCAGCCCCAGCCAGGGUUGCCGGGCAAAUAG